UCUGGGGCGCCGCACACACACCGACAUCGACCGACACAGCACCGCCGACCCCCAGCCAGGACCGACAUGCUGCAGGCACGGACCGGCCUCCUCCUCCUCCUCCUGGUGGGCCUCCUCCCGGACCCGCAGACCAACGCCGCCGCAGCCUUAGCCGCAGACCCUUCAGAACUGUUAAGAGCAGUUAAUGUAACUUGGAAAUCUACUGACUUCAAGACCAUCUUGGAAUGGCAGUCCACACUAGAAGAUUAUGUCUAUACUGUCGAAAUAAGUUCCAGCAAAGCAGACAGAUGGAAAAAGAAAUGCAUCCGUACUUCAGCAACAGAGUGUGAUGUCACAGAUGACAUGAAAGAUGUGAUGGAAAACUACUCCGCCCGGAUCCUUAUAGAAAAGCAAGUGACGCUAGAAGAUGACAUUGAAGAACCUCCUCAUGUAAACACUCCCGAUUUCACGCCAUACCUACACACCAAUAUCGGACAGCCAAUAAUUGAAAGUUUCAGUCAAAAUGGCACCGAGUUGAGAGUGGUCGUUCACGAUCCCCAUACUGCUCUCCGACAUGAGCAAAACCUCAAAACCCUUCGUGGGAUUUUUGGCAGAAAUCUAAGUUACACGCUGUUUUAUUGGAAAGCGGCAAGUACGGGAAAGAAAUCAGAAAAGACUGAUACCAAUGAAUUUCUGCUCAAUGUGGAGAGAGAAGACUACUGCUUCAAUGUGCAGGCAACAAUCCGGUCUCGCAGUAAAAACCAGAAAAGCCCAGAGAGCCGGAUUGCGUGUACCAGUCAAAAGAAAGUUUUAUCUGAAGAACUGUUUUUCAUCACUGGGGCGGCAGUUUUCGUCAUCAUCGUCAUCACCAUUGUCAUCCUGUCUGUGACUCUGUAUAGGUGCAGGAAGAGGAAAGAUUCCGCAAAAAAAGACCACUCCGCUCUUAGCUUUACAUAAAAGCAGCGUCUUCACAAGUGUCUGCUUCUGCAAAGCUUGCAUCUUACUGGAUUCAAGCAAUAAUAUUUCCCCUCUAGACUGUAAGCUCAUUGUGGGUGGGGAAUGUGUGUUUGUUGUAUUGUCCUCUCCCAAGCGCUUAGCACAGUGCUCUGCACAAAGCACACACUCAACACUCAAAUGGUAUUGAAUGAAUGAACGAGUGCUUACUAAGCGCAGAGCACUGUACUAAGCAACUGGGAGAGUACAGUAUAACAGAGUUGGCAGACAUUCUCCUCCCUGCCCACCACGGGUUGACAGUGUACAGGAAGAGUUUACACUCCGUAUUUUGUGGUGGAAAAUCUGGUGGUACUUUUGGGAGAACAAAACAUUCCUAUCGUUUUAAAUGUAAUGGAGCUUGUCACCCUCCCUUAAGAAGGAAGGGAAAACUCUGUUUCUUUGAAACACUUUUUAUUCCUGUCAGCCACUCACUGUGACCACCCACAAUACACUUUAGUAGGUGGUGCAAUCUAUUUCCCCGACUUCUUGGAAACACUAUCGGUCUUUCUACACUAGCCACACUCUGGUACUGAGUAUUCUACACACAAGAAUGAGUUAUGCCUUUGGGUUGACUUCGGAAGAGCACAUUUUUCUGAGAAACUGACGAGAAACUACGACACAACAAACAAAGCAACACUGGCAUUGGACAGACUUCCUAAUUUACAUCUAGUCUACUAUCGGUUUAACCAUUUGAGAUGCAGGUUCUUAAAGAAACAAGUUUGAAAUGUGUAUUUUGUGCCUCUUUAGUAUGCAGUAGGAUUUAGCACUACAACUGAUUUACACUUGAUGGAUAAUGUAUUUUUAAUAAUAAGACUACUAGUCAAUUGAAUGUCCGAUUUUGUAGAAACUCAGGCUACUACAAGUAAUGUGGGGUGUGUGUUUGUGUAUGUGGGAUUUUUGGUAUGGUUUUUGCACUUGGGAAACUUCUAUUUAUGUAGAGGAUAUUUUAUAUAUAUAUAUAUAUUUGUAUAUAUUGUGAUAACUUAUUUAAUAUACUUUUUUAAUAAAUAAAGGUGAAUGGGAAUAAAGUAAAGACUCAGUUUUGCUAUCUCA